AUGGCGACUUGUUGUAUAGUUGGCUGUGAUAACAAAGUGGAAAGACGUGGGAAAGUUAAAUGUUACAAUAUUCCCACUGCUUGGAGCUCACGGCAGUUUAAUGUGAGGCGGCGUAAGCUGUGGCUGGAGGCGAUAGAGAGGGCGAACGGGACCACGGAGGGACUGCGGGAGGAUGCCGUGGUCUGCAGCGAGCAUUUCGUCUCAGGGCAAAUAUCCCUUGAUGUAUCAGACCGAGAUUUUGUCCCAUCUGUCUUUCCAAAAGAACACUUGGAAACGUCAAGAAGACGAACACUGAGACCACGCUCGGGAGGGCUUUCUGAAACCCCCAAAGUGACGCCAAAGAAAAGACCAGUUCGAAGUGCCCGUCUUGAGAACGCAAACCACUCCAACCAUGUUUUACCUGAAAACAAUUACUGUGAACCUUUGGAGGGUGAGGAGGUAUUGGAGGAGGAAGAGGUGACAAGCCAACCGCUGGUGAAGGAAGAUGCAACUCUGCCACCUGAAGAAGAGGAGGGAGGAAAAGAAGAGGGAGGAAAAGAAGAGGGAGGAAAAGAAGAGGGAGGAAAAGAAGAGGGAGGAAAAGAAGAGGGAGAAAAAGAAGAGGGAGGAAAAGAAGAGGAAGAAAAAGUGACCACUCAGCCACUCAGUAGUGAAAAAAUAAAAGAAUUUGUAAACUUGAAAAUUGCCAAGUUGGAAAUCAAAUCCCUGAUUGAUUCUCUUGGGCGUUUUCAAUGCGAUGUGUGCGAUGGCAAAUUCCCCUCUAUCUCCGCUCUGGUUAAGCACAAGCGACUACACGAGGAAGAAUGGUCUGAGGGAGAAGGGUCUGAGGAAGAAUGGUCUGACGGAGAAUGGUUUGAGGAAGAAGGGUCUGAGGAAGAAGGGUCUGAGGAAGAGGAGAUUGCGCCCACAGUGUCUGAGUUUUUGAUUAAGAAUGAAUACACUGAUGAACUACUGUCAGCCCCAGUGUCAGCAAAGGUUGAAUUUCAGUGCAACGUAUGCCAUCGAUUCUUCCCCACCACCCAGAGCUUAAAGCGACACAAAAUUCUGCACGUUCGAGACCCCAGAAAGUGCAGACAGUGUGGUACGAUGUUUUGUAAGAGGCAUAACCAUGUGAUCGAGCACCCGCAGAUCUCCACAGAAACUAAGUUCCAAGAAGCUGGAAUCGAGGGAGAUUCUAGUUCAAUGAGUGAAACCGACAGCUCCAGUGACAAUAUGGAUGAGGAUUUGAAACUGUUACUACGGCAUCAAGAAAAGCAUCAUCUGGACCGAGUGCGCGUAAACCCGAAGUUCCGACUCGACACCGGGAGGAUCCGGACCAGGAGUCCGAGUGAAGAGCCAGAGCUGACCCGCGGUGACGAGAUGGGGGUUUUCAGUCGACAGAAGUUUUUUGAGGAGCUUGCUCAGGGCUGCCUGCUGCCCACAGCUCAGCAGGGCCUGGAGCAGGUUUGGCAGCUGCUGCUGAUGUGCUUACUGUGUCGCCUCCUCUGGAUGCUGGGACUCCCCUCCUUCAUCAAACACCUGAGUACAGUGGCGGCAGGCUUCUACACACUCUACUUGUUCUUUGAGCUGCAUAUGAUCUGGGUGGUGCUGCUCAGCCUCCUCUGCUACCUCUUCUUAUUUUUGUGCCGACACUCGACUAUGAGAGGCACGUUUCUAUCCAUCACUGUGCUUAUCUACCUUCUACUGGGGGAGCUCCACAUGAUGGAUGCAACCAAUUGGCACAAAAUGAGAGGUUCACAGAUGGUGGUUGCCAUGAAAGCGAUUUCUCUCGCCUUUGAUUUGGACAGAGGUGUUGUUGCUAGUGUCCCAUCACCAAUUGAGUUCAUGGGUUACAUUUACUUUGUGGGGACUAUUGUGUUUGGUCCCUGGAUCAGCUUCAAUAGCUACAAAGAAACUUUGGAGGGCCGUAAGCUGAGUUUAUCAUGGCUUUUCAAAGCGUUGUUCAGCUGGGUGAGGAGCCAAAUGUGUCUUUGUGUUUCCAACUGUGUGGCUCCGUACCUCUUCCCUUAUUUCAUACCCGUGUUUGGAGACAAACUACUGCGGAGCAAAAAGAGGAGAAAAAUACGAGGAACAGUGACCAAGUGGCUUCUGGCCUACGAGAACACACUGUCCUUCCACUUCAGCAACUACUUUGUGGGAUACUUGAGCGAAACGACUGCUACACUCGCAGGAGCAGGUUUUACAGAAGAAAAGGAACAUUUGAAAUGGGAUCUGGCCGUAUCCAAACCUUUGAACAUUGAGUUUCCUCGAUCAACUGUAGAAGUGGUUACCUCAUGGAACACACCACUGUCCAGCUUUCUGCACACCUAUGUUUUUAAAAGCGCUCUUAAGUUUGGAACCUUUACCGCAGUCAUGAUAACAUACACUGCGUGUGCACUCUUACAUGGCUUGAGUUUUCAUCUUUGUGCUGUUCUAAUAUCUCUGGGUUUCAUUACAUACGUUGAACAUGUAUUACGGAAAAAACUGGGAGAUGUGCUAAAUGCUUGUAUAUUGUCAAAGAAGUGCCAACCAAACUGCCCACACAAGAAUAAAAAUAGCCUCUGGGUGCAUGUGAUAAACGUGACUUUCAGUGCUUUGGCCGUUCUUCACAUGACGUACCUGGGCUCGGUCUUCAACUCCAGUGUGGACUUCACGGAAGAGGAGGAAGAGGACGACAUCACCCAUCACACCAUCCAGCGCUGGUCUGGACUGAGCUGGACAAGCCACUGGUUGACAUUUGGGUGCUGGACUUUGUAUCGCAUCAUUCUGUAA